CUACCAUUUUUGAACCUAAUUUGGAAUGGAAGUGCAAACUACAGAAAGCUGUAAGUCAGCAGACAGUGAGAGAAUCUGUGCCUGCUACUUAAAUUAGUGACCUUUUUUUCAUUCCUAGGGCAUAUGAGCACUGGUAAAGACCAAGCAGUGAACAUCUCAGAAAGCAGCUGGGCCAAAAAAUCCUCCAUUCAACAAAAAAGGAAGGAAAAAAUGCCUACUGAUACCUCAUUAGAGACCUAAUUAACACUGUAGAAUACUGAAGACCUUCUGUCUCUGGGUGAACUGAUUGUUAUCCACCCAUACAAGACUUUUGAGGUUCCCUUAAACUCUUACGUUGAUCUAGGAGAGUUCCAGCUGCAUUUCAGGCAAAAUAAAUGUGCCUUCUGGAAUGGGAUUCUCUCAGGCAAGAGUACUUGAGCCUCCAUGGAUUCAUUUCUGAUGCGCUGGAAAUCUUGUUUAAUCGACUUGCUUUGGCACAGCUUUCAGAUGCAUGCUUUGUAUUUUUUUUUAAACAAAUGUUCUGUCAUCUGACUUGUCUUCCUCUUUUAGGAUAUUUCUGUGGCUUGCUAAUUCCCUCUAGCCCUAAACAUACUGAAAUGAUGGUGUUCCCUGGCAAACGUGGACAAGUACUGGUUUCUGUUAUUUGUGAGCGAAAACCAUUCUUGUGUUUUUCUGCUAACUUCGGUUUGGUGACUUCAAGAAGUGUGGUGACUGCUCUCCGAUUUUAUUUAAACAUACAUAUAUGUAUUUUCUCCUCUGGAAGCUGCCUGUGUGUGGUUGUUCUGUCUCUUUUCUCUCCGUUCUGUGAGCACUUUGCUUUUGUUGGUGAAUGCUUUGUGAAGACGUUUUGGAACGAUGGUGUGUUGGCAUCCAAGUCAGGGCGUAAUAUUGGUGCAAGUUCUCAAGUGUGCCUGUAGAAGCAGCUGGCAGGUGGGGUUCAGAGAUGCCCAGGAAGCAGAUGAAGAUCUUUCAGGGAGGAACCUAAAUGGACUAGCGGGUUUCUACUUAAAGAAGAAACAUUAGGGAUAAAUACAGUGAACUUUAUUUUUCAUUUCUAGCAAGUGUGAUUGCAUGUUGUAGUGUAGCACCACAGUUCUCUACCUUCAGAUAAAACUCCUCCCAGUGAUCUCAUUUGGCUGAGUCGUUUUUUUUUGGCAGUAGCACGCAAGUUUCUCUUAAAUCAUCCUGUAUUUUCCACACAUCUUUCCAAAAAUGCACUCAUCAGAAUCAUUUCCACAUCUGAUCUAAUCACUGUCUUCCACUCUUAAAAAAGUGUGGCCAAUUAGUCCCUGCUGGCUGCCUGCAUUGCUCUUUGCUUGUCUUUGUAGUUUUCAUAUUUCCACUUCUCAGUAUGCAAACAUCAGAUAUCUCAGUAGAAUUGUAUUUUAAUGUUUUUACAUAUCAUCCUAAUACAGAGCGGCAUAUCUUUAACCAGUGCUGUAUAGUGUUUAUACAGACUCCGUCAGGACUCUGCUCCUACGUAGCAGAGCUUGAUUUGUUUUAACUUGGAUGUGGAUAAAAAGAGCCUUCCAAAAAAAAGAGUAAACUUAUUCAAAGCAGCAUUUCACAAACUAAAUAAGUACCAUUUUCCAGAUUCUCCUUCAUACCUCUAUUACAUGGUGGGCUCUGUAGGCCUAUUCUUGCUGAACGUCCCUCUAUAAAUUAACCCUUUUAUUCUCAUAUUCAGAUAUUGGUUUGCUGUAGCAAGCACUGUAUACCUUUGCUGGUUAGCUCAUUAUCUCUUCUUCUUCUGUGUACAGGGCUGGUACUUGUUUGACUCCCUGAGUCAUCUUACUGUGAUGUAUUCAAAAUUAUGAUUAUCUUGGGGUUUUUUUUUUGACAGGUUUAGUCUAAAUCUCUUCUGGAUCUUUGAGUAGUUCACUACGGGAUUGAGUGAAGGAGCACACAGCUGAAAGGUGAAGCUAGGGGGUUAACAUCUCUUGCAGUCACCCUCUCAGUUACAAAGGUUGAAAUGUUUAGGUUUGCAACUUCUAAUGAGAAAUGUAAGAGUUGUGUCGCAUGAAUCCCUCAGAGAGAGGUCUGUGCUGCACUGCUGAACGUCCAUGUAGCCCCAUAUUAACUAAACUAGUUAGCUGGUUCACUCUCCGAUCUAAGCAAGCAUUGUUUAGUAGCAUUGUUUCUGGCAAUUUCCACCCGGGCUCGUCCUUAAUGUUACUCUGUUCAGGAUCCUUAGUAAUCAUAUGCUGGUGGAAGAUGCUCUUACUGGUGAGAGAGCCAAGCGGAGCAGGUCGGUCUGUUUAAUUGUCAUUCCCAAUAGCCCGUGUCGUUUGAUAAGAUCUUGCUUAAGAAAUACAUACGCCAUUUCUAAGUAGUUGCCAAGCAGUUUUAUGUUUGUGUAUUGCAAUUAGAGUAUGUAGUGUGUCUCAGAAAGCUUGUUUUGUUGAAGUGAAUGGGAAAAUUUAACUGACGGACUGUUCCCAGUGCAGUGUUACAGAGAAGUGGACAAAUUAACAUGACUUAAUCUCUUUAUGUGUGAUAUUAAAUUUGUCCUAACUUUAAUACUCCCCUAUACUUCAGGAAGUGUUUAUAGAAAAGUGAAAAGUGCUCAAGGGGUGAACUGUGUUCUGCAAAUACAGCCUUACAAUGGGAGAUUAAAGAAACACGACAGAGUUCAGCUGAAGGAAGAAAAAGCAAUUCAUGGAAUUUGUCAUUUGGUUGAUGAUGUGGUUGAUGGUAACCGGUAGGGUUACCUGGAAGGACAGAAUGGAGUGAGGGUCAGUAGCUGGUAGGUGACCUACUCAAGUACAGGCUAGAAAAGCUGGAAGUUGUGAAGAAGAGGAACUGAGCUUUGAAACAGCAAAGAUGGGAGGAGGGUAAUAGAUUCUUGCAAGCUGUCAGUUGAUCAGGGAUAUCUUUCUAGAAUGAACUUUGGCCCGAAUUACAGCGUAUCAGUUCGUUUUAUAAAAUAGCAAAUGAGGUUGUUUGUGUCCUACUGCAGAGGAGACUGGAAUACAUGAUCGUGCAAGGAAACAAAUCUGAGCAAAUUGGCAGGGAAUGUUAAGAUAAAACGUAUGUACUUUUCUCUAAGCUGCUAUGUUUGUAAGCAGAAGAGAGCUGAGGAGGACACAGCUUUGACCAUGCUGUAAGUGAGAUGGAGGCCAAGAAAGACUUGCAGCAGAGAAGAACAUCUAUAAAGGCUCUUGUAAUCUUUUUACAGGGCAACUUCUAGUUAGAAGGGUGGAAAUAAAAGUGAAGGAAACAGAACCCGUCAGAGAUAGCUGAUGGAGCUUUAGCAGAUAUCCUUAAAAACAUUCCAGUGGAGCACCAGAUGGGCGAUUGAGGCAAAAAUGCAUACAAUAAAGGUUUUUGAGUGUACUUGACUAACAGACUAUGAGGCAUGAAAAAGUUUUAAGGUGUUCAACUGCUUCAAGCUGAGCAUCCUCUUCUUCCUCCAGGUGGAUCUAGGCUUCCAAGAAGAGCUUUCAGACAAUCCAAUGGCAGACCAAAGGAUGGACAUUUCUUCUACAAUUAGUGACUUUAUGUCACCAGACCCUGCUGACUUGAUUUCCAGUUCCCUUAGCACUUCAGGAGUGGAUUGUAAUCGGAAAAGGAAGGGAAGCUCUACUGAUUAUCAACUUGAUGGCUUUCCUUUUGAGGAAGGUAUGGAUACAGAUAAAGAUGACCAACAUGGAAGACUGGACUACGCAGACCAACAAGGGAGAAUAAAAAAUGCAAGGGAGGCUCAUAGUCAAAUUGAAAAACGGCGUCGAGAUAAAAUGAACAGCUUUAUAGAUGAACUGGCAUCCUUGGUACCAACGUGCAACGCUAUGUCUCGAAAGCUAGAUAAACUCACUGUAUUGAGAAUGGCAGUCCAGCAUAUGAAAACAUUACGUGGUGCUACAAACCCAUAUACAGAAGCCAACUAUAAGCCUGCUUUUCUGUCAGAUGACGAAUUAAAGCAUCUAAUACUCAGGGCAGCAGAUGGAUUUCUUUUUGUUGUGGGCUGUGACAGAGGGAAGAUACUGUUUGUUUCAGAAUCUGUCUUCAAGAUCCUCAACUACAGUCAGAAUGAUUUAAUCGGUCAAAGUUUAUUUGACUACCUUCAUCCGAAAGACAUUGCCAAAGUGAAGGAGCAGCUAUCUUCUUCUGACACUGCACCACGAGAAAGGCUUAUAGAUGCAAAAACUGGACUCCCAGUUAAAACUGAUAUAACACCCGGGCCAUCACGACUAUGUUCUGGAGCAAGGCGGUCCUUCUUUUGUAGGAUGAAGUGCAACAGACCUUCAGUGAAAGUAGAAGACAAGGAUUUUCCUUCCACCUGUUCAAAGAAGAAAGCAGACCGCAAAAGCUUCUGCACUAUCCACAGUACGGGAUAUUUAAAAAGCUGGCCACCAACAAAAAUGGGACUAGAUGAAGAUAACGAGCCAGAUAACGAGGGUUGUAAUUUAAGCUGCCUUGUUGCAAUUGGUCGGCUGCAUCCUCAUGUCGUACCACAGCCAGUCAACGGUGAGAUCAGGGUGAAACCUACAGAGUACGUUUCUCGACAUGCAAUAGAUGGGAAGUUUGUUUUUGUAGACCAGAGGGCGACAGCCAUUCUGGCAUACUUACCCCAGGAACUUCUAGGUACUUCGUGUUAUGAAUAUUUCCAUCAAGAUGAUAUAGGACACCUUGCAGAAUGUCAUAGACAAGUUUUGCAGACAAGAGAAAAAAUUACAACAAACUGCUACAAGUUUAAAAUAAAAGACGGUUCUUUUAUUACCUUGAGGAGUCGCUGGUUCAGUUUCAUGAACCCUUGGACCAAAGAAGUAGAAUACAUUGUCUCAACAAAUACUGUUGUUUCCACCAGUGUACUUGAUAGCGGAGACGCAGCCUUCCCACAGCUUGCAGCUUCUCCACAUAGCAUGGACAGCGUGCUUCAGGCUGGAGAAGGCGGCCCAAAAAGGAGCCAUCCUACUGUCCCUGGAAUUCCAGGAGGAACAAGAGCUGGGGCAGGAAAAAUAGGAAGGAUGAUUGCUGAAGAAAUCAUGGAAAUUCACAGGAUAAGAGGAUCAUCACCAUCCAGCUGUGGUUCCAGUCCACUGAACAUUACCAGCACACCGCCACCCGAUACCUCCUCCCCUGGAAGCAAGAAGAUCCUGAAUGGUGGCACUCCAGACAUUUCUUCAGCUGGACUACUAUCUGGGCAAAUCCAGGAUAGCUCUGGUUACCCAUAUUCCGAUAACUCCUCUAUUCUUGGGGAGAACUCCCAUAUAGGCAUUGACAUGAUUGACAACGAUCAAGGAUCAAGCAGCCCCAGCAACGACGAAGCAGCGAUGGCAGUAAUAAUGAGCCUUCUUGAAGCAGAUGCAGGUCUUGGUGGCCCUGUAGAUUUCAGUGAUUUGCCAUGGCCCUUGUAAAUGAUGCACCUUGCUUCAACAUCCAAAUAUCAAAGUGCAUUUAUUGGUGGAGUUCUACAGUCUGUGAAACUUGUUGGAUGGAGAAGCUUUUAUGUAUGAAUUUCAUAAAAGCCAUAUCAGAACGCAACUCAUUCUACCAUGUGUAAUGUCAGACAAAGUGGAAUAACCCGCUACAGUGUUCCGUGUUGAUUUGGUUAGCUGUGUAUAGCUUGCAAUACCUGUAUAUUUUGGAUUCUGUUGUUUGAAUUUAUUUUUUUUUUUUUUUAAAUCACUGUGCAACUCACUGGCAUCAGUGGUAGCUUUUAUAUGCAAAUGACCAUUUCAGAUGUAUGGUGUGUUUUUACACUGCAAAACAGUCCCCAUGUGGAUAUUUCUUAUACUAAUUGUACCAUAAAGCUGUUUAUUCUUUCUUGUAAGAAUCCUUUACUAUAAAUAUUGUUAAAGUGUAAUGUAUUAGACAGUUAAAUAUUUUUAAAAUAAAUGUUUCCCUUGUUCUAAGACGGAGCAUUUACUUUGAUAAAUAAAUUUGAUAAAACCCUGCUGAA